UUUUUCCGACAUCGAUUUCCGUGCUAAGAAAUCCGUCCACAUGGUAAUAAUGUGACGUUAAUCUCGCCAUUUUGCAUGUGCCUCACUUUCCUCCCUCUCACUUCUCCCCACACUUCCCUUCUGCCCAAACAGAGAACUCCACCCUCCUUCCAAUUUCAUCUCUCUUUAUUAUAUAUCUCCUUUCUUUUCUCUUCCACUGUUUUUUUCCGUUGCAGAAUACAGGAGAUCCUCUCGUCACCGUCACCGACAUCCUCAGUAUCUCACAGUCCAAUCAAAUCUUUCCAUUUCAGCAGGAACUAAAUGAGAUCCUCCGCCGCAACCGCCAAUGCGGUGAACCCCCUUGUAACCUUCGACCACAAGAGGGAUACCUAUGGAUUUGCGGUGAGACCUCAACAUGUGCAAACCUACCGAGAAUAUGCUAAUAUUUACAAGGAAGAAGAGGAGGAAAGAUCAGACAGGUGGAGUGAUUUUUUGGAACGCCAGUCAGAGUCUCCUCAAUUGCCUCUAGAAGGGAUAUCCUCAGAGGAAGGCAAGGAGGUCUCACACACUGAAGCUGCAGAGGAUGGAAAGAAUGAAGUCCAGAAGGGAGCUGAAGGAGAUGAUUUAUGUGAAAAGAAGUCUGGUUUGGAUAGUGUGUCUGAGAAUGAUACAGAAAAAGAGAAGGUACAAUCUGAACCAGAGAAAAGAGUUCAUCGGAUCCAAAUAUGGACUGAAAUUAGACCAUCCCUUCGAGCCAUUGAAGAUUUGAUGAGUAUCCGUGUAAAGAAGAAAGACAAUUUAUCUAAAGAUGAGCGAGAAACAGGUCAAGGGAAACCAUUAGCUCCUACUGAAGAUGCUAGAGUCCCAAAGGGAGCAUCAGAGGAGGAUUCUGAGGAUGAAUUUUAUGAUGCAGAGAGAUCUGACCCGGUUCAGGAUUCCCCUACAAGUGACAGUGGAAGUACCACUACAGGUGCUGCUGCUGCGGAUGCUGCACCUAUAGAAUCUUUAUUUCCCUGGAAAGAGGAGUUGGAAGUUCUUGUUCGUGGUGGAGUACCGAUGGCUCUUAGGGGAGAGCUUUGGCAAGCCUUUGUUGGUGUGAGGACCCGCCGACUGGAGAAUUAUUACAAGGGUCUGCUUGCUAAUGAAAGUAACUCUGGCAACAACACUGAACAACUGAGCUUCCUGUCAGAGUGUAAGGGUUCAACCACAGAGUCAAUAUGUGAGCCUGAGAAAUGGAAGGGGCAGAUUGAGAAGGAUUUGCCCAGAACAUUCCCAGGUCACCCUGCUCUGGAUGAUGAUGGUAGAAAUGCUCUGAGACGGUUGCUUACAGCGUAUGCUCGACAUAACCCCUCUGUUGGGUACUGUCAGGCCAUGAAUUUCUUUGCUGCCUUGCUACUCCUCUUGAUGCCUGAAGAAAAUGCCUUCUGGACUUUGGUGGGCAUUAUUGAUGACAAUUUUGACGGUUAUUACUCAGAGGAAAUGAUUGAGUCUCAGGUUGACCAACUUGUUUUUGAGGAGUUGAUGCGCGAAAGAUUUCCCAAACUGGGUUUGUUUUUCUUUUCCAAUAUUCUUCCUUUUGUGCUUGAACUUUCCACAUGUCUCUUUCCAUUGUGUAUUUUGGGCAAGCAGUUUAUGAUAGACAUUUUUAUGUUCUUUGCAGUCAAUCACCUAGAUUAUCUGGGAGUGCAAGUGGCAUGGGUUACUGGACCAUGGUUCCUUUCCAUUUUUAUGAACAUGCUUCCAUGGGAAAGUGUGCUUCGAGUCUGGGAUGUGCUCCUAUAUGAAGGAAAUCGUGUCAUGCUUUUUAGGACUGCACUUGCUUUAAUGGAGUUAUAUGGCCCUGCACUAGUUACAAGUAAGGAUGCGGGAGAUGCAGUUACUUUACUACAGUCAUUGGCUGGUUCAACAUUCGACAGCAGUCAACUUGUAUUGACAGCUUGUAUGGGUUACCAAAAUGUCAAUGAAAAAAGAUUACAGGAGUUGAGAGAGAAGCACCGCUCAGCUGUAAUAACUGCAGUUGAGGAAAGAUCAAAGGGGCUUCAAGAUUGGAAGGAUUGUCAGGGCCUGGCAACUAAGCUAUAUAAUUUUAAGCAUGACCCUAAAUCAGUGCUUACUGAAACAAAUAAGACAGUGCAGCUUGUUGAUUCACAAAAAAAUGUGGAUCGCUCUUGUUCCGAGUCUGGGUCCGGGAAUGAGGACAAAGUUCUUAUCAGUCUGAAUGGGGAUGCUGAGCUAGAUGCAGUUCCAGAUCUUCAAGAGCAGGUUGUAUGGCUAAAGGUUGAAUUAUGCAGGUUGCUGGAAGAGAAAAGAUCAGCUGUCCUCAGAUCUGAAGAGCUGGAGACUGCUUUGAUGGAAAUGGUUAAGCACGAUAACCGGCGGCAAUUAAGUGCUAGGGUGGAGCAAUUAGAGCAAGAAGUUGCUGAGCUUCGUAAAGCACUUUCUGAGAAGCAAGAACAAGAAAAUGCAAUGCUUCAGGUCCUAAUGCGAGUGGAGCAAGAACAAAGGGUAACUGAAGAUGCUCGUAGAUAUGCCGAACAAGAUGCCGCUGCACAAAGACAUACUGCUCAAGUGCUUCAGGAAAAGUAUGAAGAGGCCAUUGCUUCACUUGCUGAAAUGGAGAAAAGAGUGGUAAUGGCAGAAUCGAUGUUGGAGGCUACCUUACAGUACCAGUCUGGACAAAUUAAAGCCCUAUCUUCUCCACGAUCGCCGCAUCCAGAUUCACCAGCACGAAGCAAUCAAGAGCCUCAACAAGAAAUCCCUGCCCGUAAGAUUAGCUUACUUGCCCGACCAUUUGGACUUGGCUGGCGUGACAGAAACAAGGGACAGCCGAGUCCAGAUUCGUUGCAGGACGGAAAGCUCCCAAACGCAGAUCAGAAUACCGAAAUCCAGCAAAAAGACACAAUCGCUAAGGAAACAAAUGGCAAGGAAACAAACAGUGUUGAAGUUCAUGGCAAGGAAACGAAUAGCGUCGAAGUUCAUGGCAAGGAAACGAAUAGCGUCGAAGUUCAAGAUAAGGAAUGAGAGAAUUACAGGUAUGUCUUGUUUUGAUACCUGCAUACAUUGCCACAUCCAUCAUUUGCAGCCUGCAGUUCAUCCAUUCAUAAGCCACGGUAGAUACUAUAUUCAAAUUUAGUAUCGGCGAUUCAGGAGAGUAGAUAACUCUAUAGUCUGUUGUAAUAAUUUUUGAUCAGAAAACCAAUAUAAUACUCAUAUAAAUUAUUUUAUCAUUUUUUUAUUAUUUAGUAACUAAUAAUGCUUGUUUUUAGAAAUAAAGAAAAUGUAAUAACGAGAGAUAAAAAUAGGAGAUGAACUGUAAGUAUUUGUUUUUCA